UAUUUAUUUUCGUAUAAAAAUUUAUAUAUAAAUAAUUUAGAAACAAAUAGAACAAAUGUGUAUAUGUGUGAUUUGAGAUUGUGCGUGAUUUAAAAGACUAAAAAAACAAUAAACAAAACCCGACCGCCAACAUAACCUCCAAUUAAUGGUCCAUGGAUAGAAAAGCCAUAUAUGUGUCUCCAGCAACUCGAGAAUAUUUUGUAUAUGUUUAUAAUUUUGGUCUGAAAUGAGUUUCCUUAAGCCGAAAGAUGUAAUAGACGAAGGAGAUACUGUCAUCCUGUAUAUAAGUGUAAAUUCUAUGCACGUCAUAGAAGCCACCCCAACCAUAGUUAAUAAGAAAGGCGAAACUAUUGAGCAUAUAUUCCAAACCUCAUUUGGAGCCCUGAAAGUACGAAACAUCAUCGGUGUAAAAUAUGGAAGUCGUGUAGAAUUGUCUAAAGGCUAUGCUUAUGUACUGCUGCCCAAUCCUGAACUAUGGACACAAACAUUGCCACAUCGAACCCAAAUCAUCUAUACACCCGAUAUUAGUAUGAUACUACAUCAACUUGAAGUGCGUCCAGGUUCGAUUGUUAUAGAGUCUGGAACAGGGUCGGGAUCAUUAUCUCACUAUUUCCUAAGAGCCGUUAAGCCACAUGGCCACCUGCACACAUUCGAUUUUCACGAAGCAAGGGCUAAUCAAGCUCGAGAUGAAUUUAAACAUCAUGGACUGGGUGAUUUUGUUACCGUCUAUCACCGGGAUGUUUGCGAAAAUGGUUUCGGCGAAGAGUUAAACGGUAAAGCGGAUGCUGUAUUUUUGGAUUUACCCGCACCUCAACUUGCUGUUCCCCAUGCUUAUAAAGCAUUAAAAGAUAGCGGUGGCCGAUUUUGUUCAUUUUCUCCUUGUAUAGAACAGUCACAACGUUGUUGUGCGGCUUUACAAGAACUCGGCUUUACGGAAAUUCAAUCCUACGAAAUUCUGCAACAAGAGGAUAUUGUAAAGACAAAAACAUUUCCCGUUAUGAAUUUGGAAUUUCUCAAAACAGAGAAAGAUACGUCUUCGAGUACGAAACAACCAAAAGAAACAAUGAAAAUUUUAACUUCAUCGGCUCCUCCCACUCAGCCUGGCCAUACAGGAUUUUUAACGUUUGCAACUCUGCAACCAGCAUUUCUUAGAUAGUUUUUAAUUGUACAUGGUACAAUUGUAUUUAAAUAAACAACAAAUAUAAUUGUAAUUGCAAUGGCAAAAAACAUUCAUUGAUUUUACAGUGUUACCUAAAAUUCGACGUACUCAGUCGAAGUUUUUCACCACCAUACAAGUAAAACACAAUUUACCCAAGUAUAGGACGUAUGAAAGAUACACACAAUUCAAAUUUAAUAAAACCUUGGACGGAUUCUUUUAAAUUCUGAAUGAAAAACAGUUGUCACUUAUACCUUAAUAAAUAUACCUUUGAUAUGUGAUGAUUUGUCAAAAACAUAUGUUUUGUGCAUUGUAGAGAAAUACAGGGUGAGAUAAAAAAAACCGCAACAAAGUCAAACGCCACAAUUUUGAAAUUUCUUUAAAUUAUUCAAUAUAAAGCAAAAAUGUCGGAAAUAGCAUCAAAUUUUAGAAUAAGUUUAGAUUUUUUCGAAUUGGUCACCUUUGGCACGAACUAUGGCCUUUAAACGGCCAAUGAAACCGUCACAGGCUGCCCGAAUUUUGCUCUGCAGUAUUUUGGCCCAUUUCCGGCGAAGCGUUUGCUUGAGGUGAUCGAUACUUUGUCAUUUUUUAGUGCCAACCUUGCUUUCCGAAAAAUACUCCAGACACAAUAGUCCAACGGAUUGGUAUCCAGAGGUUUUGGUGGCCAUUGUGCGCUGGAAAUGAAGCGAGGAAACUCAUUUUGUAAUCAUUCUUGGGUGGUGCGUGCUGAGUGCGAUGGUGCUGAGUCCUGUUGGAAAGUCCAAGGUCUGCGAACAAAAUGUUUCCGUGCCCAAGAUUUUAAUACACCCUCCAGAGUAUUUUCGCGAUAAUAUUCGGCAUUUAUUCUGAUGCCACGGUCGAUUAAUACGAGCGGAGAACGACCAUCGGCUGUUAUGGCGGCCCACACCAUCAUCAUGGCCGGCGCUUGAGUUCUGGUGGCCAACUGAAGGUGCACAUUUUCAGCUGACCUCUUUGGUUUACAAACUGCUGGACAACGAAAAAAAAAAAACAUUGGAGAAAACAAAUUCGGCAGUUCACUACUUUCGACCAAGCAAAGCGCAAAUUUUUUAGAUCUUUUGAGUCUAUUUUCUUUCUGUUGCGGUAUAAGUUCUUGCACUUUUUGGAAUUUCGAUAUGUUCAGCUCACGAGCCAUUUUUCGGCCACUGCGACGCGGUUUCGAUCAAGUCGCUUCUUUACUUUUCGAACCAUUUCUGUUUAUGUUGCUGUUUUCUUCCGUCCACUUCCGUGACGUCGGGCUACGCUACCAGUACCAGUAUCACAGUAACGAGUGAUAGUACGAGACACAAACGAUUUAUUCACAUUUAAAUGCUGGAGUGCUCUAACAAUAGCCACUUGUGGUUUUCCAGCCAAAUAUAAAGAAAUCACACUAUCACGCACGAAUAUUUCUUUUUUUUUUGAAAAUUCUCACCAAGAUGCUUUUGUAUGCUUGUAAACAAUAUAAUGAGCUAUCACUGGAAUAAUUUUAACCUCUGUCGGGCGAGUAGCUUAGAAAUGAGAGUAGUCUGAGGUUUUUGCAGUUUUUUCAUCUCACCCUGUAUUUAAAUUUUGCUAAACAUGUGACCAGAAUCUGCAGGAAUCUACUACCUAUGAUUUUUUUUCAAUAUCAUCAUAGCAAAAACCUUAAACAUUCUUGAAUUUCUGGAACAGAGCAGAAGUCAACUGUUUAUUAAAUUACAUUUUUUGGAUUAAAAUGGGGCAAUCUGUGAUCGAAAGAGUAUAUAUGUACUACACUCAUGUAUUUCAUAACUGACAAUUUGACAUUACUUGUAUUAAAAACAUACCGCCUUUAACCGCGUAGCACAUCUUUAUGACUUCACUGUAUGUUAGAAAAAGACAACUAUAGUUUUAUGUGAAACAUGUCAGACGACAGGUUUUUCCAUAUGUAAUGUCAAAGUUGGACGCCAUUUCAGCUGUGAAAUACAUGAGCAAAGAACAUACGUAAUUUUUCGAUCACAGUGAGCCCUGCUCAUUUAUUAGAAAAAAUAUAAUUUAAUCAAAAGUGUUGUUUGUUUGUUGUGUGAAAAUAAAAAAAAUUAAAUUUGCGGUAAAAUUCCUUUAUAAAAAAUACUAAUUAUUUAUAAAACACAAUACAAUCUAAACGCGAUCAAAAGGAAAUAAAGAAAAAAACAUAUGCAAGUGUGUGAAAGCAACAAUUAUGAAUCAUAUGUAAAAUGCAAAGUUGACAUACACACGGAAAUACAUAUACAUGGUAAAAGUGACAACACAUUGGUACAUAUGUAAAACCCAUUUUGUCUGAUAACGACUUAACGCACUCAAUUUGUCUGAACAUUUACCGCAAAGUGAAUAAACUCAAAUCAAAAUUGCUUACUUAAAGAAAUACGAUAAACAAAAUACAAUGGAUAUCGAAAAUACAAAGUUGGAAUGGACAAAAGAAGCAGUUCUGGACAUGAUUUACUUGUGGCAAUCUUACGAGUGUCUCUACAAUCCAAAGAAUAAAUUUUACCACAACAAACAUUCCAGAUAUUCGGCUUUCAGUGCAAUUGCAGAUAAAUUGAAAAUAUACAAUGAUACUAUUGGACCAAAUGAUGUCAAGAAUAAAAUGCAGUACUUACGUGGACAGUAUACCCGAGAGCUAGCCAAAAGUAAGGAGAUGAAAAGAUUUGGCUCAGAAGAUACGUAUGUCCCGAAUGCGUAUUGGUUUAGCGAGAUGUCUUUUUUGCAAGACUUUGUCAAAAGUAGAAAAGAUAUGUACAAUUUUUAUG